AGCCGCGAUGGUGAUCGUGAGUGAUGGCAGGAGGAUUUAGCAUCGGCGUUAACUUGGAGCGGAGUGCAGGGGGGCCGUGAAGCGCCCCGCCAUCCGGCUCGCCCCGCGCGGGGGGAUGCCCCGGAGCCCCGACGAGCCGCCGCGAAGCCCACCCGGGCCGGGGGCAGCCGGGCGCCGGAGCGCGGGUCCUCUCCACGCCGCCCCGGGGGCCCGAAAAGUUUGCACUUGUUAGCGGCGACCUCCCGCUCGGCCGGGGCGGGCGAUGCGGGCGGCGCGGGCGGCCCCCUCCCCCGGCCCGCGUCCCCGGGACGGCUGCGGGCGGCCCCCCCUGCGGCCGGAGGGCGCCCCAGCCCCGCGCUGACAGCCCCGGCGGCGGCGGGAGCGGCGCGGGGACGGAGCCGCAGCCCUCAGCCCUCAGCCCUCAGCCCUCAGCCCGCGCCCCCGCCCAGCGCCAGCCAGAGCGGAGAGGCGGUCCUCGGCCUCCCGGGUCUCCGCGCCGGGGAGCUGCUCGGAGCCCGGGGCUUCGGUGCCCAUGCAGGCUUCCCGGGCCGGGAGCCACGGACGGCCGCCCAGCAGAGGCUCGGAUGCAAAAGUUAUUUGGUCGCGGCUGCCGCUGGCGGAGGACCGGAGCCGGAGAGGGGCGUGUGUUGUUGCUAAUGAGUUCUCCUCCCUCUUCCCAUGAAAGACGAGCCAGACUCUUGAGUACCUGCAUGGGCUGAGCGGAAGUCCCAGAACUUCAUAAUAAGUUGCCAAUGGCUACCAGCCAAGGCCCGAGGGCUGUGCUGCCGGUGGUGUCGGGCACAUCACCCAGGAAGGGCCCUUCGAAGAGCUGGACCGACUGGAAGGACACAGAUUAGAGGCAAUCUGACCCGGCCCCAUGCCAGGUCCCCGUGGCCUUCCUCCCUAUCCCAUUUCCACCCUCUGUCACAAUUUGAGAGUCUACCUGACUUGAUCAGAUUCACCUCCGGGGGAGGCGCAAUGCCAAGGUUACGAGGACGCCGAGCCGUGGGCAACUUUCUGACCUGCCCGUCAGCGGUCUGAGAAACGCUGGCUCUGAGUUUUCCGUGUCCGCCUUUUGGAAAGAACGGGCUCCUCGCUGUUCCUUCUCGGCAGCCACACUCGGGUCCCCAGGACACCUGGCCUCUAUUGCCCGGCAGAUGUGGCAUUUCCAUGCCGGCGCCGCCGGUCCCGCCUGACCCAGCCGCUGCUUCUCCGGGGCCUCUCUGCGCACUGCACAGCCAUGCUGGGCCUGCUGGCUCUCCUCCUGCCCUGCCUCCCACUGGCCUCAGGGGACUAUGACAUCUGCAAGUCCUGGGUGACCUCGGAGGAGGGCCCCAGCUGGGAGUUCUACGCCUGCCAGCCCAAGGUGAUGCGCCUGAAGGACUAUGUCAAGGUGAAGGUGGAGCCUUCGGGCAUCACGUGCGGAGACCCCCCUGAGAGAUUCUGCUCCCACGAGAACCCCUACCUGUGCAGCAACGAGUGUGACGCCUCCAACCCGGACCUGGCCCACCCACCCCGGCUCAUGUUCGACCGCGAGGACGAGGGGCUGGCCACCUACUGGCAGAGCGUCACCUGGAGCCGCUACCCGAGCCCGCUGGAGGCCAACAUCACCCUCUCGUGGAACAAGAGCGUGGAGCUGACGGACGACGUGGUGGUGACCUUCGAGUACGGCCGGCCCACCGUCAUGGUGCUGGAGAAGUCCCUGGACAACGGGCGCACGUGGCAGCCCUACCAGUUCUACGCGGAGGACUGCACGGAGGCCUUCGGCAUGGCCGCCCGCCGCGCCCGCGACCUGCCGGCCUCCGGCGCGCACCGCGUGCUCUGCACCGAGGAGUACUCUCGCUGGACCGGCUCCAAGAAGGAGAAGCACCUGCGCUUCGAGGUGCGGGACCGCUUCGCCAUCUUCGCCGGCCCCGACCUGCGCAACAUGGGCAACCUGUACGCGCGGCUGGAGAGCGCCAAGGGCCUCAAGGACUUCUUCACCCUCACCGACCUGCGCCUGCGGCUGCUGCGCCCGGCGCUUGGGGGCACCUACGUGCAGCGGGAGAACCUCUACAAGUACUUCUACGCCAUCUCCAACAUCGAGGUCAUCGGCAGGUGCAAGUGCAACCUGCACGCCAACCUGUGCUCCGUGCGCGAGGGCAGCCUGCAGUGCGAGUGUGAGCACAACACCACGGGCCCCGACUGCGGCCGCUGCCGCAAGAACUUCCGCACCCGGUCCUGGCGGGCCGGCUCCUACCUGCCGCUGCCCCACGGCUCUCCCAACGCCUGUGCUGCUGCAGGUUCCGCUGUUGGCAAGUGGAUCAGGCCGUGGACGGCAGCCCCCCCAGGGGAGAGACCCCCCUGGCCCCAGGGGUCCUCAAGUACACAAGCUGCUGGCACCUUCACCACCACCCCCACCCCCGCCCAGACCUCCAAACCUUUCCAGCUCAGGCCCAAAUCUCCUCAAGUGAUGCCUACUGAAGAGUCCCCAGACUGUGAGUGCUACGGCCACUCCAACCGCUGCAGCUACAUCGACUUCCUCAACGUGGUGACCUGCGUCAGCUGCAAACACAACACGCGAGGCCAGCACUGCCAGCACUGCCGCCUGGGCUUCUACCGCAACGGCUCCGCCGAGUUGGACGACGAGAAUGUGUGCAUCGAGUGCAACUGCAACCAAAUCGGCUCCAUGCAUGAUCGGUGCAACGAGACGGGCUUCUGCGAGUGCCGAGAGGGCGCAGCGGGACCCAAGUGCGAUGACUGCCUCCCCACACACUACUGGCGCCAGGGCUGUUACCCCAAUGUGUGCGAUGACGACCAGCUGCUCUGCCAGAACGGCGGCACCUGCGUGCAGAACCAGCGCUGCGCCUGUCCGCGCGGCUAUGCCGGGGUGCACUGCGAGCAGCCCCGCUGCGACCCCGCGGACCACGACGGGGGACUGGACUGUGACCACGCGUCUGGGGCCGCGCCGCACCCCGCCACCCUGCUCGGCUGCCUUCUGCUGCUGGGUCUGGCCACCCGCCUCGGCUGCUGAGCCCACCGGAGGACCCGCGGCCGGCGAGGGGUGGUCUGCGCGCUGUGCGCCCUAGGCCCUGCGCCCCGGGGGCCAGGUGACAAGAAGGGUGCGGCCAGAGCUGCUCCCAGGUGCUACUCAGCGGAGUCCUCCGCGCUCCUCCCGACCCCCUCCGUGGCACCUGCCCCCGCCCUGGCGCUGCAGCAGGGGGCGCCGAGGGGUCCUGGCCCCAGCGGCCUGCUAUUUUGGUCUUAGUUUUUCUAUGUCCCGCAGCACCCUCCCUUCCUUUUGUUUUUUGCUGGCGGUGAGACAGGGCGGAAAGAAACGCUGCUCACCCGACGCCCCAGGUCCACACACACAACUGUCGCGGACACCCCUGCGCCCGUCCCUGGCCGACCCUCAGCCGGCAGACCCGAAGUCCAACUGCUGUAACUGCAGUGCUGACUUCGCUCUCCUGAUAUUCUCUCUCCGUUUUCCUCUACAACCCACCAGACGCCAGGCGGGAAAGAUGCCUGGGCCCAGGGGCUCCUUGUCUGGGGGAGGGAGAAGGAAGGAGAGCUUGGGAGGCGGGGCUGGAAACUUCCUUUUGUAGAGAACUAUUUUUGUUCGUGUUCACUGUCCCCUACAGGGCGGGGCAGGAGCGGGACGCUGGCCCCCAGGGCGUGGUUGGUGGUGUGUAACUGCACAGUAAAGGUUUGCUCGCUGCUGCCUCCAG